AUGAUCAAGAAAAAGAAAAACCAUGUCCCAAGUGAAAAACAAGCCACCCCCAUUAGUAAUCCACCAAACACAUGGCCUAAUCUCCCACACCAACUCAUUGCCCAAAUUGCGAUACACCUGAACCUAAUGGAAAACAUCACUUCUUUCGGUUGCGUGAUCAAGACAUGGAGAUCGACCUCAAGGCAAUGCAUCGCAAAUGGAAAAUACCCGAAACAACCUCAACUCGCCGAAAUUAUUAUCACUGGGAAAAAACGAGGCGAGAAAAAUCAAGAACGUGGGCGGUCCCACACCAUCGACAUCCCGUUUCACGGCAAGUACCCCUACUACUACGAUAAAAAACGAAAAUCACCCAAGAACAAUUUUUGUUCUCAUCCAAUGUAUUUCAAGGGCCAUUCUCAUGGACAAGUAGUGGUCAUCAUUAAUGAGGGGCCCAGUAAUUUUUGUUUGUGGGAGCCCGCUAAGACACGCUCGCUUGGCCUUCCAGGUUGGAACCCUAAUUUUUCAUUCAGAACUUGCACAUUGUCAUCAUCUCCAUAUGGUAUCGACGGUUUCAGUGCAAUGGUUAUAACGGGUAUUGAUUCUCCUGCUUUCGCAUUCAGCGGAUGCGGCAAAAGUAUCACCGAAAGGGCAUUUUGGUCUUUUCAAGAUUGUUGUGUCGAGGAACCUUAUAACCAAGGCGAAAACAUGCAGUUCACCAAUGCCAUUGGAUUCAAAGGGAAAUUCUACGCAUUGACUUUGCAGGGGAGCGUUGUCGUGAUAGAAGGAGACGUUGAUUCUUGUUUUAGAAUCGCGGCCGUUGGAUCUAGAAGGAGUGUGCCUAUUGGAGUCUCGAGGCAAUUUAGGGAGUAUUUGGUCGAAUUGGACGGUGAGAUUUUGCUCGUUUUUCUUGUGUCUAGAAAAUGUAUUGAUGUUGUUGAUGAUGUUGAGGUGUUUAGGCUUGAUAUUGAUAGGGUUUUGUGGGCGAAAAUUGAAAGUAUUGGAGAUAGAGCUUUGUUUCUUGAGGAUGAAUGUUGUAUGUGGGUUGAUGCAAAAAAAUUGGGGUGCAAAAAGAAUUGUAUUUAUUUCACUCACCAUAGGGUUAAUGAGUGGUUGACUUUUGACUUGGGAAGUGGUGAAAUUUCACCAGCUUUUGGUCAAGAUUAUGUGACGUGGGACAUUGGAAGAUUGAAUAAUUGAGUGAUUUCAAUUGAAAUAUAUGAAACUUUGUUACUUUAA